AUUUCAAACACAUUGGAUCAUUGGAACAUGGCUUUGUGCCGAAAAUAUCUCGUGAAUUCGGCCCCAAAAAGUCUCCCCUGAUUGAUUUAUUCCAAUGGCACCAUAUUCGGAUAUGGUGACCCAGGCGUUGCAUAGAACAACAUUCUCUCUAGCACUCCAAUUAACACCCCUUUUUGAUUUAUUCCAAUGGCACCAACAGCAGUCGGAUCUUUCAAAAGUUUUUUUAAAACAAUAACCGUUUCUAGUGCAUGAUGACAUCAUGCUGACGUCAACGUGACGUCAGCGAGGGCAAAUAAUUCGGCUCCAGGUCUCUGUUCCCCGCCCGCGCACAGCAGGAAUUGAGCAGGAUUUCCAUCAAAAAGAUCUGUAAGCCCAUAUGGACUUGAAGGGAAAGCCUGUUGACCAUGGCUACCGCAUGCCAGCUGAGUGGGAACCGCAUUCCCAGUGCUGGAUCGGCUGGCCAGAACGGCCAGAUAACUGGAGGGACAAUGCUGUGCACGCUCAACAUGUAUUUGCUAGUGUUGCACAUGCUAUCUCUAGAUUUGAACCUGUCACUGUUUGUGCUAGUUCAGCUCAGUGGAGCAAUGCACGUCAUCAGCUACCAAAACAUAUCAGGGUUGUUGAAAUGAGCUUAAAUGAUUCUUGGUUUCGAGAUUCCGGUCCUACUUUUGUUGUUAGAAAACAUACAGAAACAUCUCAAAUUCUUGAGCCAAGUGUUGCAGGGAUUGACUGGACCUUCAAUAGCUGGGGAGGAGUUGAAGAUGGAUGCUAUGCAGACUGGAGUCACGACCUUCUUGUUGCAAGGAAGAUUUUGUCCAUUGAAAGGCUCCCCAGGUUCCCUCAUACUAUGGUUCUUGAAGGCGGAAGCAUUCACGUAGAUGGAGAAGGUACUUGCCUCACUACAGCUGAAUGUCUAUUGAACAAAAACAGAAACCCUGAUAUGUCUAAAGAAGAAGUUGAGACUGAACUUCAACAAUAUCUCGGGGUUAGCAAGGUCAUUUGGUUACCUCGUGGGUUAUUUGGUGAUGAUGACACAAAUGGGCAUAUAGAUAACAUGGGCUGUUUUGUGAAGCCUGGGGUCGUUUUAUUGUCUUGGACUGAUGACAAGGCAGACCCUCAGUAUGAAAGAUCCUUGGAAGCUCUUAAUGUACUCGAAAAUUCUACUGAUGCAAAGGGUAGAAAAUUUCAAGUGAUAAAACUCCAUGUGCCCGACCCUCUCUACAUGACAGAAGACGAGGCAAACGGUAUAUACAAGGAUGGCGAUGCUAAACCAAGGCCUCAUGGUACACGGCUUGCUGCUUCAUAUGUAAACUUCUACAUCGCAAACGGUGCAAUUAUCACUCCUCAAUUUGGAGAUAAGAAAUGGGAUGAUGAAGCAGUUCGGGUUCUCUCACUUGCAUUUCCCAAUCACGAGGUAGUAAGAAUAGAAGGUGCAAGGGAGAUCGUCUUGGGGGGCGGGAAUAUACAUUGUAUCACGCAACAGCAGCCAGUGCUGUGAUCAUGAAGGCUGACAACCGCGAUGGUUCAAUCUCUGUUUGCCUGUUUACUCAUAUAAGAAUUACUAAUACAAUGAUGAAAGAAGAGUUACGGGCUUCCCUGAUAUGUGGUACGGUCUGCUGCAUUUUUAUCAAAGUUGGCACAUCUUAAGUUCUAUUGUGAUGUUCAACAAAUAAAUGCCUGUCAAUUGAUGUCAAUGUGAAUUUGAUUCUUCAAAUAACAAAUAUGGUAUUUUACUACCUUUUGCCCAAACACGGCUGAAGUAUAAUUUAUUAGUUUUCUUGUCCUACACAACUAACACAAGGUUUUAUAUCCACAACUCUUUCCUAAUAGUUUAGGCCCUCAGGAUUAAUAGGGACUGUUGGAAAAAUG